GAGGAUUUUAAAACUGACGCCAUCCGGUAGCGGACAACGAAAAAGGAGCGAACCUUGCUCAAAAUGGUGUAAAGAGGUGAAAGCACAACAAGCACAUCUUUUAAUUAACAAGUCAUCUGCAGUCAACAACUUGGCGUCAUCGCAGUGAAAGGCGAGAGUGGAUAUUGGUUUGCAAGCAAGCACUCCCAUCCCACUAAUUCAAAGGAUUGUAGUUAACAAGCUAGCUACGCAACGCAGGUAGGAGUGGCUGGCGCAAUCUUUACAGUAAGCUAACUUAGCUAAAUUGCCUAACUAGCUACGUUAGAGCUUGCAUGGAAAUCAAAUAAUACAUAGUUAACAAACAAAAUAUGUUACAAGAUAGCAAAUGCAAUCAGCUGUUAGCUAACGUACUGUUCAAUAAUAGUAUUGUUGAAUGCCUGCUAGCUAUCUUAGCUUGGCUAUAAUGUUAGCUACGGUUUGUUUUCCGUUUGGCAUAAACUAGCAAGCUAGCUAGUUCACCUUGGUCUUGUGAUCAUCGUUAACUAACUAGCUGUCAUCCCACAAUCGAGUUACCACUUGGAGAUCAUUUUCUCUGUCAUGAUAUUAUGAGAUUAGCUAACUAACGUUAACUGGCUAACCUUAGUCAAUUACCGAGACAGUAGUUAAAUGACUAACUACCUAACGUUAGUGUACCUACCCACCAAACGUGUCUACAGAUAGCUAGCUAACUAGGAUAUCAUUGUAAUUAAGAUAUCAGCAUAAUUAUGAUUUAGGUAGCUAACUAGGAUAUCACUUCACUACUAGGAAGAGUACUUGGCUAACUAGCUUCGAGGUGUGUCAAUGCCUAGCUAACUAGCUGUCUAGGGCUGCCCUCGAGGCCAGUCUACUAGCUGGAUCCUUACUUAACUGAACAAAAAUAUGAACCAAUAUGUAUCAAUUUCACUGAGUUACAGAUAAUAUAAGGAAAUCAGUCAAUUUAAAUAAUUAAAUUAGGCCCUAAUCAAUGGAUUUCACAUGACUGGGAAUAGAUACCUUUUUUUAUUUUAUUUUUUGGUAUCUGAUGUGACCACUAUUUGCCUCAUGCAGCGCGCAACAUCUCCUUAGUAUAAAGUUGAUCAGGCUGUUGAUUGUGGCCUGUGGAAUAUUGUCCCACUCUUCAAUGGCUGUGCGAAGUUGCUUGAUAUUGGCUGGAACUGGAACAUGCCGUCAUACAUGUUGAUCCAGAGCAUCCCAAACAUGCUCAAUGUGUGACAUGUCUGGUGAGUAUGCAGCUUCCAGGAAUUGUGUACAGAUCCUUGCGACAUGGGGCUGUGCAUUAUCUUGCUGAAACAUGAGGUGAUGGCGGCGGAUGAAUGGCACAACAAUGGGCCUCAGGAUCUCGUCCCGGUAUCUCUGUGCAUUCAAGUUGCCAUCGAUAUAAUGCAAUUGUUUGUUGUCCGUAGCUUAUACCUUCCCAAUACCGUAACCCCACCGCCACCAUGGGACACGCUGUUCACAACGUUGACAUCAGCAAACCGCUCGCCCACACAACGCCGUAAUCGCUGUCUGCCAUCUGCCCGGUACAGUUGAAACUGGGAUUCACCUGUGAAGAGCACUCUUCUCCCGUGUGCCAGUGGCCAUCGAAGGUGAGCAUUUGCCCACUGAAGUCAGUUCACGACCCUGGUGAGGACGAUGAGCACGCAGAUGAGCUUCCCUGAGACGGUUUCUGACAGUUUGUGCAGAAAUUCUUUGGUUGUGCAAACCCACAGUUUCAUCAGCUGUCCGGGUGGCUGGUUUCACACAAUCAUGCAGGUGAAGAAGCCGGAUCUGGAGGUCCUGGGCUGGCGUGGUUACACGUGGUCUGCAGUUGUGAGGCCGGUUGGACGUACUGCCAAAUUCUGUAAAACAAUGUUGGAGGCGGCUUAUGGUAGAUAAAUUAACAUUACGUUCUCUGGUAUCAGCUCUGGUGGACAUUCCUGCAGUCAGCAUGCCAAUUGCAUGUGCACAACAUUUUAGAAGCUUUUUGUGCGCUUUGAACAUUUCUGGGAUCUUUUAUUUCAGCUCAUGAAAUAUGGGACCAACACUUCACAUCACGUUUAUUUGUUUUCAGUGUAUUUAGAUGUUUCAUAGUAGCUAAUCUACCACAAUAAUUCAUCAUGGUGUACAGGAAAGACGGGCAGCAAAAGUACAAAUUUGGUGCUAGUCAAAGUUAAUUUGGGAUCAAGACCCAGCUACCUGGUUCUAUACAACAUAACUGUUAAAUAAAUAUGCUACGGUGUACUGUACAUAAAAAAAAUGUAUGCUGCAGCGUAUUAAACUGUAACUCUAAUCCAACGUGGUCCUGCUCCAGCUAACUAUGGAGCCCUCCGAGCAGCAGCAGAUGGGCCCAGGCUCUGGCUCUCAGGAGGUCAACCCUGUGUACCUGCAGCAGCUGCGAGAGCUGGACAUCCCUGAGGAGGCUGCCAAGCAAGUGGGUUAAUUACUGUAUACAGGUUCUCUUGCAUUUCCUGAUAUAUGAUCUGAGUAUAUUAGGCUAAUUUCCUCUUGGUUCAUAAUGUCACUGUUCGCUUAUCUCUUUCUCUACUUACUAAUGCAUUCAUAAUGAUUAAAGAGUACUGUACUUAUGAUUGAUUUUGGCUAAUCCACCCAAUACAGACCCAUUCAAAGUCCUUAUUUUCUGAAAUGUUCCUUGUCUACCCCCCCACAGGCGCUCUUGCACACCCGAAAUGUGUCUGCUGAGGAGGCUGCCAUGUACUACUUCAACAAGCUGGAGAAUGAGGUGCCCAUAAGCUAGCCUUAGUUUGCACAGGUACAAGUUGGUAUAUUAGCUCUCCUGUAUCGACUCUGAGCCCUCUUUCUCUCGUCCCUCAGGAGGAAGGAGACGACGACCUCAUGUUCAAGAUGGUGUUUGUGGUGAACAUGGACCUGGCCCUGGGUGUGGGAAAGGUCAGUGUGAAGCAUGAAAAACGCAACGAGAGUCUGACUGCUGAUAGGUACUUAUCACAGUGGGAGGCCGUUCCAUCUCUUGCUAGAACAAAAGCGGUACCUGCUGCGUGCCGACCCGGUAACUACGAACUUAACGUUUCUACUUCGCAAUGCUUGUCCGUGGCCAACAACUUUGAGCCAAUUGGAGAGCACAAACCCCCAUGUGAACCCCCAACAGGAGUGACCACAAAAAGGAAAAAAGGCAGUUUUCUCCGUACAUCCACGGAUGAGCCAGUCACACUUCAAAUGCAAUGUAGGCUAUGGGAUGGUAGCUAGCUAAGUGCACAGAUGCAGUGCACACAAUAGCUAAAUAUUUCAUCCAAGCUAGCUAACCACUGUAGCUAUUAUUGACAUAAUUAAAUCACAAUUGAUUAGCUAGUUUCCAUGAAACAGCUGCCUGUUAGUGCAGUGUCUCUAGCUAUGUUGCACUAGCUAGCAAAUAUGCUAACGUUAGCUAGCUAGCUGAACAUUUGGCUAUGGCUGGCACUGGCAGUAUGGGAUUAUGGAGAGUGAAUUUAAUUGUAUAUUCGUCAUCUUGCUAGUUAAAAUUGGUAGGUAGUUAAGUCAUCAACUCUGCUGAGUGGCUGACUACUUUAAGGUCUUUGCUGUGUGAACAAAAGAGAUUGACUGCUGACGCACUGUUCAGAGGUGCUAAGUACUGUCAGCAGGCAAACGUUUGACAAUCCUACCGGUGUGUCUGAGCUUUAAGGACAAGGAUUGGAAUGUGGUGUUAUGUAUAGCUAGUAUGCUUGUUUUGGUGUAGUUUGCGUGAACCUGGCGCACAAAAGCACAGUUUGCCCCUAUUGUUUUAAGUUGAGACUAGCACAUCAAAUGCAAAGCGGAUGCAUAAAAAACGUUUGUUUUUCAUUUCUGCUAACUGUGAAAGUGUUGUGGUGUGUGUUGUGUAGCUGGCUGCGCAGGUGGGCCACGCGGCCGUGGGGCUCUACCAAGCCCUGCAGGAGAAGAACAGCUGGAGGGAGAUGGCCUGGAAGUGGGACCAUGGCGGGUAAGGACCGGACCACUUCCUCACUAGGGCUUUACUUGAGACUUCAUACUGCUGAUCAAUUUGGAUCAGAUAAAAACAGCCGGAUGCUUUUAAAACACCAUAAUGACGUCUGGUAAUGGCAAUGCCACCAUCUGGCUGUUCUACAGUAUGCACAGCAGGGUAUCUAAAUGUGUGUUUGUGUGGUGUGCAGGGCGAAGAAGGUGGUGGUGCAGGGGACCAACAUGGCCCACCUUUUGGAGCUGCAGGCCCUGGCCAUGAGCCUCAGCCUGCCCACGUACCUGGUUCAGGAUGCCGGACGCACCCAGGUGAGACGCGCCGCCAUUGCGGCUACACUGCUGCACCUGCUUAUGGGCGCACAGCACCACCAUUACAGCUCCAUGGUAUCACAGGCGCGCACACCACCAUUACAGUUCCAUGGUAUCACAGGCGCGCACACCGCCAUUACGGUUCCAUGGUAUCACAGGCGCGCACACCACCAUUACAGCUCCAUGGUAUCACAGGCGCGCACACCGCCAUUAUGGCUCCAUGGUAUCACAGGCGCGCACACCACCAUUACAGCUCCAUGGUAUCACAGGCGCGCACACCACCAUUACAGCUCCAUGGUAUCACAGGCGCGCACACCUUCAUUAUGGCUCCAUUGUAUCACAGGCGCGCACACCGCCAUUAUGGCUCCAUGGUAUCACAGGCGCGCACACCGCCAUUACGGCUCCAUGGUAUCACAGGCGCGCACACCGCCAUUAUGGCUCCAUGGUAUCAAAGGCGCGCACACCACCAUUACAGCUCCAUGGUAUCACAGGCGCGCACACCGCCAUUAUGGCUCCAUGGUAUCACAGGCGCGCACACCACCAUUACAGCUCCAUGGUAUCAGAGGCGCGCACACCACCAUUACAGCUCCAUGGUAUCACAGGCGCGCACACCGCCAUUACGGUUCCAUGGUAUCACAGGCGCGCACACCGCCAUUACGGUUCCACGUAACUCUAUAGCACCUGCUUACAGGGACACGCACAGCCAUUAUAAUUAUUGAGUUUGACUAUCAGCAGGGCUGCCAAUGCUAUAGACGGUACUGUUUACACUGCUGUGGCUGCAUGUUGUUCAGAAAGCAGUAUUUUGAAGAGAACAAUUUGGCAGGGCGGGCCGUGUUCGCGUAGUUUAACACAGCUUAAUGAUGACUGGGAUUAGGUAGGUAAGCGUUUCACACUUUGAUACAAAACCAUUGCAAAGUGAAACCGUAAAAUGACACUUGAGGGCCGGAUGCGUUCACAAAGACUCACAAAAAAAAUAACUUGUUGACAAAGAUUGCAACAGCCAAUUAAAAAUGGUUGUCAAUACUCUAUGAAGGUCACCCCAUAACAUCCUUUAUAAACUGUACAUAAACACUAAAUAGGUCAACUGCCGGUUGGCAGGUCUCUGCACAUAGUUUGAAUUUGUUGACAUAUGCUAACCUUGGCAAACAUUGACUCAUUCAUACAGGUCGCAGUGCCCCUGAUAAUGUUUUGAUACGUAAUGAUUAGUUAAGGCCCUUUUACACUACCACAGAAGUUCACACAAAGUAAUCCUUGAAGACUACAAGAAGCACCAGGGACUCUGUUAAUAAAAAAGUGGUCAGAUGACGCAGAUGCUAAGCUACAGGACUGUUUUGCUUGCACAGACUGGAACAUGUUCCGGGAUUCUUCAGAUAGCAUUGAGGAGUACACCACAUCAGUCACUGGCUUCAUCAAUAAGUGCAUUGACGACGUCGUCCCCACAGUGACCGUACGUACAUACCCCAACCAGAAGCCAUGGAUUACAGGCAACAUCCGCACUGAGCUAAAGGGUAGAGCUGCCGCUUUCAAGGAGCGGGACUGUAACCCGGACGCUUAUAAGAAAUCCCGCUAUGCCCUCCGACGAACCAUCAAACAGGCAAAGAGUCAAUACAGGACUAAGAUUGAAUCGUACUACACCGGCUCUGACGCUCGUCGGAUGUGGCAGGACGUGAAAACUAUUACAGACUACAAAGGGAAGCACGACUGCAAGCUGCCCAGUGACACAAGCCUACCAGACGAGCUAAACCACUUCUAUGCUCGCUUCGAGGCAAGCAACACUGAACAUGCAUGAGAGCACCAGCUGUUCCGGAUGACUAUGUGAUCACCGCUCUCCGUAGCCGAUGUGAGUAAGACUUUUAAGCAGGUCAACAUUCACAAGGCCUCAGGGCCAGACGGAUUACCAGGACGUGUACUCCGAGCAUGUGCUGACCAACUGGCAAGUGUCUUCACCGACAUUUUCAACAUGUCCCUGACUGAGUCUGUAAUACCAACAUGUUUCAAGCAGACCACCAUAGUCCCCGUGCCCAAGGACUCUAAGAUAACCUGGCUAAAUGACUACCGACCCGUAGCACUGACGUCUGUAGCCAUGAAGUGCUUUGAAAGGCUGGUCAAGGCUCACAUCAACACCAUUAUCCCAGAAACCCUAGACCCACUCCAAUUUGCAUACCGCCCCAACAGAUCCACAGAUGAUGCAAUCUCUCUUGCACUCCACACUGCCCUUUCCCAACUGGACAAGAGGAACACCUACGUGAGAAUGCUAUUCAUUGACUACAGCUCAGCAUUCAACACCAUAGUGCCCUCAAAGCUCAUCACUAAGCUAAGGAUCCUGGGACUAAACACCUCCCUCUGCAACUGGAUCCUGGACUUCCUGACGGGCCACCCCCAGGUGGUAAGGGUAGGUAACAACACAUCUGCCACGCUGAUCCUCAACACGGGGGCCCCUCAGGGGUGCAUGCUCAGUCCCCUCGUGUACUCCCUGUUCACCCAUGACUGCAUGGCCAGGCACGACUCCAACACCAAGUUUGCCGACAACACGUGGUAGGCCUGAUCACCGACAACGAUGAGACAGCCUAUAGGGAGGAGGUCAGAGACCUGGCCGUGUGGUGCCAGGAUAACAACCUCUCCCUCAACGUGACCAAGACAAAGGAGAUGAUUGUGGACUACAGGAGAAAAAGAGGACUGAGCACGCCCCCAUUUUCAUCGACGAAGCUGUAGUGGAACAGGUUGAGAGCUUGAAGUUCCUUGGUGUCCACAUCACCAACGAACUAUCAUGGUCCAAACACACCAAGACAGUUGUGAAGAGGGCACGACAAAGCCUAUUCCCCCUCAGGAGACUGAAAAGAUUUGGCAUGGGUCCUCAGAUCCUCAAAGUUAUACAACUGCACCAUCGAGAGCAUCCUGACUGGUUGCAUCACCGCCUGGUAUGGCAACUGCUCUGCCUCUGACUGCAAGGCACUACAGAGGGUAGUGCGUACAGCCCAAUACAUCACUGGGGCCAAGCUUCCUGCUAUCCAGGACCUCUAUAACAGGCAGUGUCAGGAAGGCCCUCAAAAUUGUCAAAGACUCCAGCCACCCUAGUCAUAGACUGUUCUCUCUGCUACCGCACGGCAAGCGGUACCGGAGCACCAAGUCUAGGUCCAAAAAGCUUCUCAACAGCUUCUACCCCCAAGCCAUAAUACUCCUGAACAGCUAAUCAUGGCUACCCGGACUAUUUGCACUGCCCCCCCACCCCAUCCUUUUUACGCUGCUGCUACUCUGUUAAUUAUUUAUGCAUAGUCACUUUAACUUUACCCACCCAUGUACAUAUUAACUCAACUACCUCAACUAGCCGGUGCCCCCGCACAUUGACUCUGCACCGGUACCCCCCUGUAUAUAGCCUCCCUACUGUUAUUUUAUUUUACUUCUGCUCUUUUGCUGGUGCAAAGUAGGGGUGCUGCAGCUAUUCCUAAAUUCACAAUAAAUAAAUAAAUUAUAUAUAUUUACUUUAUUCACAAAAGUAGUGCACUGGGCCUUUAAUAGUGAGAGCGCGGGUGAAAAUAUUUGUCCAGGUAAAGUUAGUUAUGCAAAGAGGAAAAGGAGAUGUCAGCAAUAGCAAAAUGGAGUCCGGCCCUAGCAGCACUUUAUACAGGAAAUCAAGGGAAGAUAAAAGAUACGACGUGAUGCAGAAGGUGGUUAAUAGCAAUUCGAAAUAGUAAAUACAAUGUGAAUACUCCUGCAGCCAACCAUCAAAUGUUAUUGGUCACAUACACAUAUUUAGCAGAUGUGAUUCCAUGUCUAUGUACACAGGGCAGCAGCCUCUAAGGUGCAGGGUUGAGUAACCGGGUGGUAGCGGGCUAGUGAUGGCUAUUUAACAGUCAGAUGGCCUUGAGAUGGAAACUGCUUCAUUCUCUCGGUCCCAUGCACCUGUACUGACUUCGCCUUCUGGAUGAUAGUGGAGUGAAUAGGCCGUGGCUUGGGUGGUUGAUGUCCUUGAUCUUUUUGGCUUUCCUGUGACAUUGGGUGCUGUAGAUGUCCUGGAGGGCGGGCAGUGUGCCCUCGGUGAUGUGAUGGGCAGAAUGAACCACUCUCUGGAGAGCCCUGCAGUUGCGGUCGGUGCAGUUGCCGUACCAGGCGGUGAUAUAGCCCGACAAGAUGCUCUCAAUUGUGCAUCUGUAAAUGUUUGAGGGUCUUAGGGGCCAAGCCAAAUUUCUUCAGCCUCCUGAGGUUCGAGGCGCUGUGACCAUUUCAGAUUGUCAGUGAUGUGUACGCAGAGGAACUUCGCUACGUCUGUAUAGCAAGCGCUUCAGCGACAUUGCAUAUGAACGAGAUAUGCAAUGUGAAUUUAUGGAGAAAGAAAACAGAAGGAUGCUAAAAGAUACAGCUGAUGCUACUGUAUUUCCAUGGACUGGAUCUGGCACAGUGCCAAAAUACCAAGGCGCGUUUGAGAAGAGAACUCGACAAAGCAAGCGUGUGGAGGUAUGUAGCCUAGCAUGAUGUUUGAGGUGUUCUUACUGUGUUAUUACCAUUGCGCAAUAUCAUGUAGAGUGCCUAGGUGCUCUACAGGUUAGCAUAUGUGUCAUAUAUGUAUUUAUGACUGGGGGUUUGUGAGACAAUAGACAUUGUGGCAACGGAGCAGAGAGAGGCCUGCAUCCAGCAACGUCAGGAGUCAUGUGACCUGUUUUUGCAGCUGUUUCAGUACAGCACUACAGGGAGAGAGGGGGGAAACUCCACUGAACUAGUUUCAAUGUAAGGAAUCACUUGGGAGUUUCUGGAUUUUGGGUAAACUUCUCAUUUAAUAGCAAAUUACUGAGUUAUUCCAAUAAAUGUAAUGCCUAGCCUUCCAUGCCUUCCCACCCACCUUUGUUGUUGCGAGUGAAACCUAUUCCUACCCUCCACUCCACCCACAAGGAUGCUAGUCUAAAUUCUAUGACCUCUGGCCUUUUGGCAGGUGGAAGCCGGCUCACGCACUGUCCUGGCCAUCGUUGGGGAGGAGGAGAUGGUGAACAAUGUCACUGGAAGUCUGAAACUGCUCUGAGGGACUAAACCAGCUGUGGAGGUGCAGGGCCGUGCAAUGCCACAGAGGCAACCAGCAGAGGGCAGCAUCCCCUAACAGCAGAAGGGUCUCGGCAUGCAAGCGCGCAACAACAACGUAACAAAACAAAAAACUGAAAAAAAGAGUAAAACAACCAGACAUGACCCCAACUACCAAGAUGAACAUUCAGCCAUUUUUUUCCCCUGUUCCCUGUUCGAGCCACUGACUGGAGAAGAGAUGUAUGGAGAGCUGCUCAUGUCGAGAGGAAGGGACUAGUUACUCGAACCGACAAUGUUGAAGGCAGUUUGAACAACUUUUAGUGUCAACUUUUUAGAUUUUUUGGGAUUGGAGUGUUUUGCUAGUUAAGGGGGGAUGGCCAUUACUGUAUGAGAGAAUGGUAUCCAAUUUUUAUGAAGGUGAAAGUUCAUGACAUCCCAUAAUUUUGUCUCCCAAUUUAAAAUAUGAUUUGGUGUAUUGAAAAGAAAAUCAAGGAUAGAACCUAGUGUGUUGGUGAUUUGUUAAAUACUGUUAUUGUAAUUCAAGCAGCAAAAUAUAUAAUUGUAAUGAAAUCCUUUUUAGAUGUAGGAUCUUCCUGUGAAAGUUACUGCUUGUCAAUAAGGAGUGUUUACUGACACCUUUACUAUUACUUCGAUGUGUAAACUAAUGUGUAAAUGUAUACACCUGUAUGUAUGCAACAUUCUCUCCCGAAGACCCCGCCCCUUAGAAAUGAUAACACUACAUACUGACGUUAAAUGGCCGUACAUUAAGUUUAUGUGCAUCCGUUCAGGCCAUAUAUAAUCGGUUGCGUGCCAUCCUCAACAUUUCGCACAAUCACUGUUGGAUUUUUUUAACAUUGUUGGUGGACUUUUUCCCCCCUCCAUUUUCUGUUCUUGAAAAAAAGUAUAAGGUCGACUCGAGGCUUGCUCUGAGUUAUAAUUCCUGGACUUGGGGGUUUGGUGUAAAAAUAAGUGUGAGGAACUCAUUGUAUGGGUUAAAAUAAGCUACUGUGCUUGCACAGUGCCCAAGCACAUGUACUCUAGCUGAUUUAUUAAUGGUUUACACAAGUGAAAUGUUUUGUGUAAUUUUAAACUGCUUUGAGGGUAAAUGUGUUAUCUUUCUCUACGAGGUAGUCUAAAAGAUGGCUAGCUAAAUGGUUGAGCUAUGACUUCUACCAAAACAGUACAUAGAUUUAAGAUGGAGUAGCAAUUACAGGAUAACAUUUUAAGAACUGCAUUUAAAUAAAUAAAAAUGAUAGAUUCUUGCACUUACAGAUUUAAGCAUUGGACAACCAGAUGCCUAGGAUAUGUUGUAUGUUUCUGUUAAAACAACUAAUUGUUCAUUACUUAAGCAAAAAGGAAUUGUAUUUUGUGAGCAUGAUGCCAUUUGGGACCAUAUGGCUCUGAAGUCUUACUAAAUAUGGAAUGGUGUUAUUAUUUCAAUGUUACUGACAUGACAUGCAUGUAACAGUUAUGCUGGAAAAUGUUUUUUUUCCCUUUGUGUUGAGACCAUGCAAAACCCCAUGGCAACAAACAUUUUUUAUUUUGUUAGCACUUUGAUACCUUCCUGUGUUACACAACAAUUUGUUCCCGUUUUAAAACCAAGGAGACUAUUAAAAAUUACUCCUGACCAAGUGAAGUGAUUGUUUUUUACCGGUAUUAUACUUUCAUGUUUUGUGAAUAACAUUUAUACCCCAACAUGAAAAUGUCAUAUGGUACAAUGACUUUGCAAUGAUUUGUUUAAUAUUAUUAAAAGCAAGUUCUGCCCUGGGCGGGGAGAGUUCCGGGGGCUAUUGCUUGGUUAGGUGACCAAUGGCAAUGUGACAUGACUAUUGAUAUACACUGCUCAAAAAAAUAAA